CGCCAGGCAGCUGCCAGGAAGUCCUUUUGGGGAGAGAGCGGCAGGGCCACUCCCGCCACAUCUCCGGCAAGCCCGGUGCCCCCUCCUCCUGCGCUGCCCGGGCUGCAGCGGCCCCUGUUGGUUGCAUUCUGGGGUCAGAGGUUAUAGGGCAAGCUAAAAAUAACCUGGCAGGCCGGCCACCCUUGAGGAGGGGGCGUGUGCCGGGCGCAGACGCAGGAUCCGAGGGACCCCGCUGCGUGCGGCUGAGAGGACCAGGGAGAGGAGCUCCCACUGCUGGCCCCACCCAGCAGGGAGCCUCCUCUCGGCCUGUGCAAGGUCGCUGGCCCCAGAGGAAACGCCUGUGACCAGCGGGAUGGGCAGCUGCCGAGGGACGGUCGCCUGGGCUCUGUGCUUCCUGCUGCUGCUCGCAGGGGGCUCCGCGGGGAAGCUCUGGAAGCGGGCGCUGCCCGGGAGGCUGGCCGAGAAGCCCCACGCCGAGGAGGCGGGUGCGCCCGGUGGCCCCCGGCAGCCCCGCGCUGACCGCUGCCCGCCGCCCCCACGGACACUGCCCCCUGGCGCCUGCCAGGCUGCGCGCUGCCAGGCGGACUCCGAGUGCCCGCGCCAUCGGCGCUGCUGCUACAACGGCUGCGCCUACGCCUGCCUGGAAGCCGUGCCGCCCCCGCCAGUUUUAGACUGGCUGGUGCAGCCGAAACCACGGUGGCUUGGUGGCAAUGGCUGGCUCCUGGACGGCCCCGAGGAGGUGCUACAAGCAGAGGCAUGCAGCACCACCGAGGAUGGCGCAGAGCCACUGCAGUGUCCCUCAGGCUACGAGUGCCACAUCCUGAGCCCCGGGGACGUGGCCGAGGGCAUCCCCAACCGUGGGCAGUGUGUGAAGCAGCGGCGGCCAGCAGAUGGGCGAUUCCUGAGACACAGAUUUUACAAAGAAUAUCCAGAGGGUGACUCGAAGAACGUGGCGGAACCCGGAAAGGGGCAGCCGAGGAGCUUCCAGUAGAGCAGCGCCCAGCCGGCAGUCCGGGCCCAAGAACAUUCCUCGGCUUCCCACCAAGCCUCGAUGCAGGAAAGUGGUUUGAUCUCCGGAGGCCACUGCAGAGCAUGACCCCAGAGCUCCUGGCCCCCAUCCCAGCUUGGCCCUGGCUGAAGCGGUGACUCAGUGGGAGCCCCUGCCCUGCUCUGGGUCCCUGCUCACCACCCUGGACACAGGUCCCUGCAGCGCCUCGUGAUCUCUGCCUGGGAAGGCGCCUCCGCGGGUGUGAGGCCAGAAGCCCCUCCCAGGGCCAGGGCUCAGCCUCGCGGUGCUUUCUGCAGAUUUCUUCCAGGUGUGACUCUGGCAGGCACGUGCCCCUCCCAAGUGCUCUCCAAAUAAAUCCGCCUUGAUAGAGUGGAAAUGAA